AUGGCUUUGUGCCGUGCAUUGCCAUUGAAGCUUCUCGAAUCUUCAAGAUUAGUAUCUCGCAGUGUUCCUUGUGUUUUUUAUCACGCGAACGUAUUGGAUCAUUAUGAAAACCCAAGGAAUGUUGGGUCGAUGGAUAAGAAUGACAAGCAAGUCGGCACUGGUCUUGUUGGAGCACCAGCAUGUGGAGAUGUUAUGAAGUUGCAGAUAAAAGUCGAUGAUGAUGGUAAAAUUGUGGAUGCUAAAUUCAAAACUUUUGGCUGUGGAUCUGCUAUUGCGUCAAGUUCUCUCGCUACCGAGUGGGUUAAAGGAAAAACUGUUGACGAAGCCCUGGCUUUGAAAAAUACUUACAUUGCUAAAGAACUUUGCCUUCCACCUGUCAAGCUACACUGUUCGAUGCUUGCUGAAGAUGCAAUCAAAGCGGCGCUGUCAGACUACAGGAUUAAGCAACAAGAAAAAAACAAGUCAUAA